CAGGGAGCUGAUGCCCAGGACCCUGGAGGGGCAGAUCACCAUGGAGAAGACCCCCAGCUACUUUGUGACCAAGGAGGCCCCAGCCCGCAUCUCCUCCAUGAGCAAGGGCACCAAGCUGAUCGUGGUGGUGCGCGACCCCGUCACCAGGGCCAUCUCGGACUACACCCAGACCCUCUCCAAGAAGCCUGACAUCCCCACCUUUGAGAGCCUGACCUUCAAAAACAGGACUACAGGCCUCAUAGACACCUCGUGGAGCGCAAUCCAGAUCGGCAUCUACGCCAAGCACCUGGAGAACUGGCUGCUGCACUUCCCCAUCGGGCAGAUCCUCUUUGUCAGCGGGGAGAGGCUCAUCAGGGACCCCGCGGGGGAGCUGGGCAGGGUCCAGGACUUCCUGGGCCUCAAGAGGAUCAUCACGGACAAACACUUCUACUUCAACAAAACCAAGGGCUUCCCGUGCCUGAAGAAGGCGGAGGGAAGCAGCAAACCCCACUGCCUGGGCAAGACCAAGGGCAGGACCCACCCUGACAUCGACCAGGACGUGGUGCAGAGGCUGAGGGACUUCUAUAGGCCCUUCAACAUGAAGUUCUAUCAGAUGACAGGGCAGGACUUCGGCUGGGACUGAGGCUGAAAGAAAUAAUUUAAGAAAAGGAAAAUAUAAUAUAAUAUAUAUCUAUUUUUUUUACCUAUCAGUAGAGAGGCGGGGGGGAAAUAAUGGGGAGAAAAAAAUAAUAGCUGUGCUGAAACACACUUUGGUUUUUAUUUUUUUUGUUACACUGCUUUGUCUCCUUUCUUCUCUCUGAGAAAAGGGGCUGUGCACACCCAGAAAAGGAGGCUGUGGAGAAACAGCCUGGUCCCAAUGACAUGAGCAGCUUCCCUCAAUGUUUUUUUUCCCUCUGUAAAAAAACACAGGUGCAAAGUUUUUAGCCGUGACAGGGGUGCUGGGGGCAGCUCAGAGUCUUCCUGAAAGUUUAGCCAGGUUUUGCCUUGUAAGGGCCAUUUUGGCCAGACCUCACCACUUUUGACAAUAAAACAAAGGUGGCUUAAUACCUAAUUUGGCUUUCCAAAUGUUACCUUAGGGGAUUUUUUUUUAUUGCAUGAAACAUUUGGUGAAUUUUGCUUCCACUUAUCCAAUUUUUUUAUUUUACUUUUACCCCCCUUUAAAUCAAGCUCUUUUCAUCAGCCGGGCUUAUUUUUCCUCUUAAGGAAGCCAAAACCAAUAAUCCUUUGUUUUGUUUUGAGAGAAAAUAAUUUUGGUAGCCAAAAGUGAAAGAACACAAACGAUUCUUUUGACUCUAUAAUGAAAAUUGCCAGGUAGUCAAAAGCCUCAUUCACAGGAGCUGGCUCUAAACCAGCGCUCCCUAUUGCAUCCCUUUUCCUACUCUGACAGCAAAAUAGUUUUUUUAAGGGUUUUUUUUUCUAAGAGGGGCCCAUCUGAAGGGAUUUUGGGGAUGGGAAGGAGGUUUCACACUGAGAUGAUGCUCAUGGCACACCCUGAAUGUGUUUGGGGUGCCACCAUUCCACCAGGGAUGUGCAGGAAACUUCUUGGUGUCCAGUGGACAUGGUUGAAGCCAUAAUGAUGAAUGUUUUAAGUUGGGCCAGUCUUAAGUAGACUGGAGGAAGGGUUGGUUGGGAAAAGGUGACAAUAAUCAUGUCCAGAAAGAGGAAUUAGAAAACAGUAGUUCUUUCCUAAAGGAGAACUGAGGGGGAACCUUGAAGGUUGUGAAGGGCGCCAGGCAAAACCUUUAGCACGUUUUUUUUAGCUGGUGGAAAUGUUUCAGUGACAGAAAUCUCUUAGUGAAGCAGAGUCUUUUAUUGCCAUGGGCUCAUUUAUCUGCUGGCUCUUGAUCUUCAGCAUUUCUGCGCUCUGGGGGUACCCAGUGACACCUUGGUGCUGCAUAAACCACAUGGGAGUGCUCCCUGUCCUGAGCCCAGCUCUGAAGGGUUAAAACCUCAGGGGGUAAAACAAACUGUGUGGGAUCCCCCAGGAAUGUGGUGAGGAAGGAGCCUGGGGAUAAAGUUCACUGGCUGCCUGCAUACCAGCAAAAAUAUUCAUAAAAUCCCAGCAGAGCAGAGAUUUCAGAGUCCAGAGAGAAUUGGAGCAGAGUUACAAUUUCACCUGAGAGGGAGGCAGUUCUACAUUGGAAAGUUAGGAAAAGGGUUUGGGGACCCUCUCAGCCUCAUGGCACUGAGUUCCUCUGCAUGUGCUGAGCCACAGCUUCUCCUGGCUGCCCUGAGCCACCUUCCUGCUCAGCCUUACACAUCUCCUGUUCCCAAAGAUGGGAGUCCUGGAACCUUCCCAUGCCCUGAAGACACAAACCCACAGGGUUCUGCAUGCCAGGCUCCUUUCCCAAGGGGAUCAAACAGCUUCAUUGAGCUCCUGAGGCCCCAGGAGCUUCUCCCAUAGCAGGGCUGAGCCUGACCCAGGUUUCCAUGCCCCAGCUGUACAGAAGUGUUGCUGGGCUGGUGGCACCAAAGCCAGGCUGUGCUCAGCCCUCUGCCCUGGUGUGGCACAGCUCAGUGCCAUGUUCACCCCCUCCACUGCUGCUUUCACCUCUUUCCCCAUUUAUGUCCCAUUUUAAGGCUUCUUUUGGCCAUGUCCCAUGCCACAUGUGCAUAAACACAACACCUGAGCAGAAAGGAGGAUCAGGCACCACACAGACCCCAACAUCCCUUCAGCCCCUCAAAAUUCAGACAAGACAUGACCUGAGAAGAUCAGAGAUGGUCACAGAGAUGGGACCAUGGUCCCUCCCAGCAUCAGAAGUUGGGAGAACAUUGGGUUCUUCAUAAUGGUGUCAAAUUAUUCCUUCCCACAGGAGGUGAGGGGAGCAUUCUGCCUGUGCUGGUCAGAAUGGGCAUGAGCUGUACCCAAAAGGAUGGUGGGGAAUUAUUGGAACAAAUAUUCCAAGAGCAAGGUUUUGGGGCAGGAAUAGGGAUGGACAGCCCCCCAUGCUGUGCUCUUUAUUCACAUGGAAAAACCAAAGUGGUAGCAAGGGUGAGGCAUCAGUCACUCACAGGCAUAAUCAAACAGUGCCAGAACCAGUAAGGCACAAAAUCUGAGGUCUUCCAGCUGAAAAGGAGAUUUUAGCAUGCCAUUUCUUUGGUAUUUCAAGGAGAAUGAAGGUUAGGAUAAUACAGACAUAGCUUUCACAAGUUACUGUCAUUUAAGCCCAGCUGGGAUCUCAGCUCCACUCACUCCACAGGUGAGACACAGGGAGAAUUGGAAAAGUAAAUCUGAGGAAACCUGAGGGUUGAGAUAAAGAACAAUUUAAUAGGUAAAGCAAAAGCAAAGCAAACCAAUAAAUUAAUUCCAGGCUUCCCAUGGGUGCUCAGAUGCUCAUCCCCAGGACAGCAGAGCUCCCUCACAUUUGGAAUGGUGACUUGAGAAGGCAAACACUAUCACUCCAAAAAUUGCCUGCUUCCUUCUUUCCCCACUUUCAUAUGCUGAGCAUGAUGCCAUAUGGUCCGGAAUAUCCAUAUCCAAUAUGAGCAUGAUGUCAUAUGGUCUGGGAUAUCCCUUGCAUCCACCAGGAUCAGCUAUCCUGGCUGUGUCCUGUCCCAGCUCCUUGUGCAUCCCCAUUUUCCCCACUGGAGGAGCAGGAAAAGCUUGAUGCUCUGUAAGAACUGCUCAGCCCCACUGAAAACACCCCUGGGUUAUCAGCACUGUUCCCAGCACAAACCCAAACCACAGUCCUGUGAACAAAAUGAACCCUACCCCAGCCAAAACCAGCAGACAAAUACAAACAUCACUUAGGAGUGUGAUGCUUUAAAAAAUCAAUAGAGUUAUAUUGCUGUUUUCUCCCACACGGUCACAUUUGCACUGCCAUAAAGCAGCUUUAUAGGGCCACAGACUGGGCUCCCCAUAUUGCACAAGCAGCAGCAAUACCAAGCAUUUUUUACAGCUGAAUAUCUGCACCUGCCACCAAAUCCCUGCCAUUAAAUCAGCAGAGCCUUGAUAUGUGCAAAAACCCAUCAAAUGUGCCUUUAAAAUCUCUUCCCAGCACAUCAAGCUCAGCCACUUAGGAAUCCUUUCCUCUAAAUUCUUCAGUGUUUUGCUCCCCCUCAUUUCCAGGGGUUUGAAUACCUUGUUGCACACCUUGUAAAGCUAUUUAGGGAUCUGGGGCUGUGAUUGAUUGCUUUUGAUCUGGGCCAUAAGUAGUUUGGAAAAUCCCUCCACGUAUGAACAAUGGCUUUUAAAAAGAGGUCAUGCAACCAAAUUGCUUUGAACUCUAAUAGCAUUUAAGCCUCUAAACUCUUUAGGCUUAUUUGAAAAUCCAGCCAUGAAGUUUAGAUUAUUUUAACCUUAAGAAGAAUUGGGAGGUAAACUAUUGAAAACCACAUCCCUCCUGGGUCUGCAGUGCUGGGCACGUGUAUUGGAGGGGAAAUCAAAAGUAGCUAUAAAUAAAAAAGUGUUUUUCUUAAAAAAACAAAGGCAGAAAAAUCUAAACAUUAACUAUAGGAAAAUAAUAAAUUUGUUAGGUUAGUAAAAUAGUUCUGGUCUCAAUAAUCUGCCAUUAGGCAUUGAUGAAGCUCAGGCAUGAUGCAGCAUUUGGAUUUUAGAACAAAAUCCAAAUUUUGGAUUUGUUUUGAGGGGAAAAAAACCAACCCACACCAAUUUUUCUAUCAGCAUCAAGUAUCAAAAUGAUCAUGAAUUUUACAAAAUGAAGCCUGGGUUGCCCAGGAGGUGGAUUCCCCAUCCCUGGAAGUGUCUGAGGCCAGAUUGGCCUUGCAGCAUCCUGGGGUGGUGGAAGGGAAUGAGACCAGCUUUGUGGUGGAUUCCAGUCCAAACCAUGCCCCGGUUCCAUGAUCUUUGAGGAGACAGACACAGCCUCAGAUGGCACCACAGCUCUCCUGCACUGAGAACACAACAGUGUGGGUUUGGGUGUGCUGAGCACCAGAAUUACCCCAAAAUCUUCUGACAGCAUUCAGAGGGGUCUGAGGAUGAGGGAAGAGACAAGGAUCUGGUUCCGUGUUU